GGAGGCAGGUCCCUGUCGAAAGGAUACAACAAAAACUAACUAACGGAACCAAUAGGCUUCCCUCAACCAACCUCAGGACAACAAAAGACCAGUGAAGUGGACGCCAAGUAAAUUUAAUUAAAGCUGCCUCAUCUCCCACUAACUAUAUCCCCAAAUCACUCUCCCCUGCUCUCUUCUAUUAUUUAAUCAACUUCCCAAGGUCCCCUGUCUGUGAUCAUGGCGCCCUCUGAGAUCGACACUCGAGCCCCCUUCAAGUCCGUCAAAGAAGCCGUUUCCUUGUUUGGAGAAAGAGUUUUGGUCGGCGAAAUCUACGCUCCCAAGUUUCAACAGAUGCGAGCGGCCCAGACUGAAACCGGAAGUGUUCAGUCCAGGGAAGCCCAAUUGAGGGCUGAGAUCCAAGAAGCAAGACAGAGCCUGGAGAAAGCCAGAGAGGAGGCUACCUUCAUGUCUCACUGCAUCAAGUCCCUGAAAGAGGAGCUCCAGCACGCCAGGAAAGAAUUGCAGGAGGUGAAGGGGAGGGAGUUGAGGUUACUGAAACAGAGGGACGAUCCGGAGAUUGAGGACCUCAAGUUCAUUGCCAAUGCGCCUGCCCGGGAGGACGCUGGGGACUUGCACAAGAAAAGAUACGUGAAAUUCGCUGCUCCUUCUGCUGCACUUCAACCCGUAGAGGCGCCUCCUUCUCCAUCCAAGCCCAAAACGAGGCCGUCAAUGCCGCUCGCUCGAUGGCUUUUUGCUAGAACAAAACCCCGUCCAUGAACUUCAUGACUCUCGCGUCUUUAUUACCUCUCAUCCUUAUUAUGCCUGUCUUCGGGAGGCCUCCUCACUUUAUCUCUCUUCUUCAUAUUCAAACGAAGAUCAACAUUUGUUUUUCUUUUCCUUAACCAAUUUUGUAUCUCGUUUUCACUUACGUUUGCAGAAUGCAAUAAAUAUCAGGCUCACAGCUUGUUCACUUA